AUGUCUCGCCACCGUAACGUGCGGAACCGCGCGUACUCGUACGAGGACGAAGAUUAUGACGACUAUGACUAUGACAACGAGGGUACUUCAGCUGCCUCGGGUGAAUUCAUGUAUCGUCGAGACUCGCCCAGUCGCCAGGCGUCCGUCUUUUCCUUCGUGCAGCAGCAAGGAACAACGGGCAUUGAGCCCACCCGAAGCAGUACCAAUUUGGAAGACUGUGGAGAUGCCGAGCUGCUCCAAGUUACGAUACCUCAAGUCCAGCAAGCUGUCGGUGCAAAUGUAUCCGUUCAGCAGAUCACUCAGGAGCUCCGUUGGGCCAAUUAUGACCUGGAUCAAGCUGUCGGAGUGCUGCUGGAGAAGAGCAAAGGACUGGAUGCAACCGGGGGUGAGCUGUCGUUACAGACGGAGACAUCGAGGCUUGGAGCUGUAGCACUCGGUGGUAGUAGCAAAGAAGAGCAGAAUAUUGAGAAGGAGGAGAUCGUUCUGCCUGCUCCUGCCAAAGGUCGAGCGCUGACCGUCGGUCAUGACACAAUGUCGUCACAAAUUGGUGUGAAAGAAGAUAAGGUGCUGCAGGUAUCGGCAUUAGGUGCAGUGAAGGCUGCACCGACGAUGUCGUCGACACGGACACAAAUCACGCCGGCGGAGAAGAAAGUUUUUGAACGUGCUGAAUUGAAGACACAGGAACGAGCGGCCGAGCUCGAGGAAGAGGCACGCAGUGGAGGCAAGACAAAGAUAAGUAUGGUGGUGAUUGGGCACGUGGAUGCUGGCAAGAGUACGAUUACUGGCCAUCUGCUGUACAAGCUGGGCUACGUGAGCAAAAGACUGAUGCACAAAUACGAAAAAGAGUCGCGCGAUGCUGGCAAAUCGUCGUUUGCUUUCGCGUGGGUCAUGGAUGCCGACGAGCAGGAGCGUUCUCGCGGUGUCACGAUGGAUGUGGGCACGAGUUACUUUGAGACGGCAACGAAGCACGUGACGUUGCUGGAUGCGCCAGGUCAUCGCGAUUUUAUCCCGAAAAUGAUUGCAGGAGCUGCGCAGGCAGACGUUGCUGUACUCGUCGUUCCAGCGGUGACCGGCGAGUUCGAAGCAGCAUUUGAGAACUCGGGCCAAACCAAGGAGCACGCGUUGCUUGUGCGAAGUCUGGGUGUUGCACAGAUGGUCGUGGCGGUCAACAAGAUGGAUAUGACCAAGUGGGAUCAGGAACGCUUCAACGGUAUCGUGAAGUCGCUGUCAACGUUCCUACAAAACGCAGGUUAUCGCCCGAAGAAUCUGCGUUUUGUUCCUCUUAGUGGCAUGACUGGCAUCAACCUGGAGAAGACUGGCGGUGUCAAGGAAUGCUCGUGGUACUCGGGUCCCUCGUUAGUCGAGGCUAUUGACUCUUUUGCUCCCCCUCAGCGCCAGAUCUCCAAGCCGUUCCGUAUGACCGUCUCCGAUGUGUCAAAGUCAUUGAGUCUGGGUCAAAGUAUCUCCGGUCGCGUCUAUGCUGGUGCUGCCGCAGUGGGCGACUCGUUCUUGCUGAUGCCAAUCGGACGUCAUCUCACAGUAAAAGGAAUUGAACAAGACGGCAAGUCUUGUACACUUGCUCGCGCCGGAGACACGAUUGAGAUGGGGGUCACCGGAAUCGACCAGUCGGCAUUGACUACUGGCAGUAUCCUGUGCUCCAUAGCAUCGCCGGUGCGGCUCGCCAAGAGAUUUGAGGCCAAGAUCAUGACCAUGCCGACGAUGGAGGUUCCGCUGGUGAAAGGGACAUGCGUGACGAUCCACAUUCACAACGUCGACGAGCCUGUAAAUAUCUCUCGACUAGUGAGCAUCUUGAGCAAGACUGGCGGGGUAGGGAGAAAGAAGCCGCGUUGCAUCACCCGCGAGUGCUCGGCCGUGGUGCAGAUCACAUGCCAUCGCUCAAUUUGCCUCGAGACAUUCGCAGACUAUCGCCAGCUUGGGCGCUUUACGCUACGAGACCGUGGGAAGACGCUUGCUGCUGGUGUUGUCACUCAGAUUAUCUCCUAG